GGCCCCCGGCCCCAGCUGACGGAGGCCCGCAAGCAUCUGACCGCCGCCCUGGACCGAGGGAACCUCAAGUCAGAAUUCCUUCAGGAGUCCAGUCUGGUCCUGGCCAAGCUGCACUACGUGGAAGGCGACUAUGAAGGCGCGCUCAGCCUCUACGCCCGGGUGGGCCUGGAGGACUGGCCGCUGACGGGCGUGCCCCCCUACCGGCUGCGCAUGGCCGCCGACGCCUACGCCACCCAAGGACUUUGUUUAGAGAAGUUGCCUAUUUCUUCUUCUACCAGCAGCCUCCGUGUGGACCGGGAGCAGGACAUCAUCACCUGCUAUGAGAAGGCGGGGGACAUUGCCCUCUUGUACCUUCAGGAGAUAGAAAGGGUAAUACUUUCUAAUAUUCAGAACAGAAGUCCCAAGCCUGGCCCUGCUCCCCACGAUCAAGAACUAGGUUUUUUCCUAGAAACGGGACUGCAGAGAGCCCAUGUCCUCUAUUUCAAAAAUGGGAAUCUGACAAGAGGAGUCGGGCGGUUCAGAGAGCUCCUCAGAGCGGUUGAAACGAGAACAACCCAAAACCUGCGAAUGACAAUAGCCAGGCAGCUGGCGGAGAUCUUGUUGCGGGGUAUGUGUGAACAGAGCUACUGGAACCCUCUGGAGGAUCCGCCAUGCCAGUCACCCCUGGACGAUCCUCUCCGGAAAGGAGCAAACACGAAAACCUACACCCUCACCCGGAAAGCCCGCGUCUACUCAGGAGAGAACGUUUUUUGUCCUCAAGAAAAUACUGAAGAAGCCCUGUUGUUGCUGCUGAUCAGUGAGUCGAUGGCCAACCGGGACGCUGUGCUGAGCAGGAUACCUGAGCACAAGAGUGACCGUCUCAUCAGUUUACAGAGCGCAUCUGUGGUCUAUGAUUUGCUGACCAUCGCUCUUGGAAGAAGAGGCCAGUAUGAGAUGCUGUCGGAGUGCUUGGAGAGAGCCAUGAAGUUUGCCUUCGAGGAGUUCCACCUCUGGUACCAGUUCGCUCUGUCGCUAAUGGCUGCUGGAAAAUCCGCGCGUGCCGUGAAGGUGUUGAAGGAGUGCAUCCGCCUGAGGCCGGACGACGCCACCAUCCCGCUGCUGGCCGCCAAGCUGUGCAUGGGCCCCCUGCACUGGUUGGAAGAAGCUGAGAAGUUUGCCAAAACAGUGGUUGAUGCAGGAGAGAAAACGUCAGAAUUCAAAGCCAAAGGCUACCUGGCCCUGGGGCUGACGUACAGUCUGCAGGCCACUGACGCUUCUCUGCGAGGGAUGCAGGAGGUCCUUCAGAGAAGGGCGCUUCUUGCGUUUCAGAGGGCCCACAGCCUGUCGCCUACAGACCACCAGGCCGCCUUCUACCUGGCCCUGCAGCUCGCCAUCUCCAGACAGAUCCCAGAGGCUCUGGGGUACGUACGCCAGGCUCUUCAACUUCAAGGCGAUGAUGCCAACUCCCUGCACCUCCUCGCCCUCUUGCUCUCGGCGCAGAAGCAUUACCAUGAUGCUCUGAAUAUCAUCGACAUGGCCCUGAGCGAAUACCCAGAAAACUUUAUACUGCUGUUCUCCAAAGUGAAGCUGGACUCCCUCUCCCGGGGCCCGGACGAGGCGCUCCUCACGUGUAAGCACAUGCUGCAGAUCUGGAAAUCCUGCUACAACCUGACCAACCCCAGUGAUUCUGGACGUGGGAGCAGCCUCUUAGAUAGAACCAUUGCUGACAGACGACAGCUUAAUACAAUUACUUUGCCAGACUUCAGCGAUCCCGAGACAGUGUCAGAUUCCUCCUCCUCCUCUCUUUCAAGAAGCGAGUCUCCUCUCCACCUGUUUGUGUCUUCUCAUCUCCACUCUCACCCCAAACCCGAUACCUUUGUGUGGCCCCCAGCUGCACGCUCAGUCAGUGACCCGGGCCCCCGCCAGGAAGCCUCUCUGUGCAACUCUCCAGAAGUGUACUUUCAUGGUUUUCCCUCCCUUUUUUCAGUUAGCUCCAUCCACGCCACGUCAGUCGCGGCCUCCAGAGUGGAGCAGGCGCUGUCGGAAGUGGCCUCGUCCCUGCAGAGCAGCGCCCCCAAGCAGGGCCCCCUGCACCCCUGGAUGACGCUGGCGCAGAUCUGGCUGCACGCAGCGGAAGUCUACAUCGGCAUCGGGAAGCCUGCAGAGGCCACGGCCUGCACGCAGGAAGCUGCCAACCUCUUCCCCAUGUCCCACAAUGUCCUCUACAUGCGUGGCCAGGUGGCGGAGCUCCGCGGGAACGUGGACGAGGCCCGGCGGUGGUACGAGGAGGCCUUGUCCAUCAGCCCCACCCACGUGAAGAGCAUGCAGCGUCUGGCCCUGAUCCUCCACCAGCUGGGCCGCUACAGUCUGGCCGAGAAGAUCCUGCGGGACGCGGUGCAGGUGAACUCCACGGCCCACGAGGUCUGGAACGGCCUGGGCGAGGUCCUGCAGGCUCAGGGCAACGACGCGGCGGCCACCGAGUGCUUCCUGACGGCCCUGGAGCUGGAGGCCAGCAGCCCCGCCGUGCCCUUCACGGUCAUCCCCCGCGCGCUCUGA